AUGGCCCUUGCUCAAAGACCUCGUUCACAGCUCGUCAGGCGAGCCACCACACGCCAUGUGCGCAGCUCCAAUCGAGGACUAUGGACCCCUGCUCAAGAGAGGCGCCCACGCAACCGACUUCACACCACUUGCCGAGACGUACCGCAAUCCACAGUGCCAAUGGAUGAUGCGCAGGUCAAGGUACUGACGCAAUUCAUCGAGUCACUCAUUGAGUUAGCCGGGAUCCCAGCCCCGUGUGCUGGUGAUCUAGCCCGGCGUUGUAUUCCAAAGCUCCCAGACGAAUCGAUCGAGACGGUUAGGGCACUGUACGAACUGCCAAAGAUGUCGGACUUCUUCGAAGCAUAUCACUUCCUGGCCUGGGCCGACCUCGAAAAUCGCUGCCAAUAUCUUUAUCAAGCCGAUGGGAAAUCACAAGAAAACUUUCGGCGGAUGGAAGCAUCAUUCCGGAAGAUGUGGAAAACCAUCGCCAGUGUUGCUCCUGAGCAACCCUCGAUAGCCAGAAAGCUUUUUGUAUUUGCCAGCGAGCGUGUGGAGGAUAUCGAUGACUUUCUGGAAGCCGUAGAAGAGGAACUUGGCUUCCAGACCUGGCUGAGCACCGUCGUCACACGCCCCAUCCUGAACGUAGCAUGGCGGCUUCUCAUCGGCCCCCACUUGGACUAUAUAGUGUUCGAAGCCCUUAAGAAAGACGGAGCCUUGGAAAGCGACACCUUCGACUUGGAAGCCGCCAUCAACAUAGAUCAGCGAGGCAUCCGGAAGUCCGAUGCGCCAAAUGCCUUUCUUGAGGUAUGCUUGCUGAAAGCGCCGUCCACCAUCGUCAUGGGCGCCAUGAGCCUCCGAACACAACUAGGCCUCUUUUACGCCAUGGCAACGAGCAGUCUCGCCGCAAUGGUCCUUGCCUAUGGGUCCUAUGUCACACUUGCCUCGUCGGCAAAGCAGACGCAGCGUGCGAAAGCCGCGAGGGAUGAAGCCACGUAG